AUGACUUCGCCGUCAAACCCUACCGGCACUAGCGAUACCCGUGCAAAAACCUUCAUCAAGAUAGCCACAGUGAACGUCCGAGGACUAUGCUCUCAACAGAGACUCGCGGAUUUCGAAGCCAAUGUCAAGAACGUGAGAUUUGCUGUGAUUGGACUGGCUGAAACUCGAAGAUCAAACCGUGAGUGCACUCAACUUGGAUCUAAUUUGUGCUCUACAGCAGUGGACUUUGUGACGGUGCUCCCACGUAUGCUGGAGUAG